GCCGACCUUAUUUUGACUGCGUUUAGCGCACACCGUCCCUUUCAAUUUGCUGCGAUGGUGAUGAAGGACUACCUCGGCGCAGAUCAGAGAAAAACGAAGGAAUCGGGUGCUGCUGAAGAAGAUGUCAAAGCACUGAAUGAAAGUGACAUCGCAUUAUUAAAAACAUACGGCGCGGCUUCGUAUAGCAAGGAAAUUAAACAAUGCGAAGAAGAUAUCCAGACGUAUAUGAAAAGAGUUAAUGAGCUUACAGGUAUCAAAGAGUCCGAUACAGGCCUAGCGCCCCCUGCCCUUUGGGAUUUGGCCGCCGACAAGAACUGUUUGACAAGUAACUGCUUCGAAUUUCAUGUAUCUGUAGACGAACAUCCUUUGCAGGUUGCCCGUUGUACGAAGAUAAUCAACGCUGAUUCUGAGGAGCCCAAGUAUAUUAUCAAUGUCAAGCAAUUCGCUAAGUUUGUUGUGGAUCUUGCUGACACAGUGGCUCCGACUGAUAUCGAAGAAGGAAUGCGCGUUGGUGUGGACCGAACAAAAUAUCAAAUCCACAUACCUCUGCCUCCCAAGAUUGACCCAAGCGUCACCAUGAUGCAAGUGGAAGACAAACCCGACGUCACGUAUAGCGAUGUUGGCGGCUGCAAAGAGCAAAUUGAGCGUCUACGGGAAGUUGUGGAGCUACCACUAUUGCAUCCUGAACAAUUCGUAAACCUUGGAAUUGAACCUCCGAAGGGGAUGCUUCUUUUCGGACCUCCGGGGACAGGCAAAACGCUCUGUGCUCGUGCCGUUGCUAAUCGCACAGAUGCUUGUUUCAUACGUGUGAUCGGGUCUGAGUUGGUCCAAAAAUACGUUGGAGAAGGUGCGCGUAUGGUACGAGAGUUGUUUGAGUUGGCUAGGAGCAAGAAAGCAUGUAUCAUCUUUUUCGAUGAAAUCGACGCCGUCGGAGGUGCCCGCUUUGAUGAUGGUGCUGGCAGUGACAAUGAAGUGCAGAGAACUAUGUUGGAACUGAUUAACCAAUUGGACGGAUUUGAUCCUCGUGGAAACAUAAAGGUCAGUUUAGUUUGCCACCCACGCCAUACAAAAUGUGCAGCCAUAGCUUUUCAUUCGAUUGUUAGGUCAUUGGUGUCGUAA